CCAGCUACCACCCCAGCUUCCACCCCAGCUUCCACCCCAGCUUCCACCCCAGCUACCCCAGCUUCCACCCCAGCUCCCGCCCCAGCUCCCGCCCCAGCUCCCGCCCCAGCUCCCGCCCCAGCUUCCGCCCCAGCUUCCGCCCCAGCUUCCGCCCCAGCUUCCACCCCAGCUUCCACCCCAAACACCUCACAGUGUUUCUCCUGCACAGCGCAGUUUAAUUAA